AUGCCCGUCUUCACACUUCAAUCCUUUUCUGAAGCAACGUCGGCAGCAGUUACUAGCCUUGAACAAGCCCGUGCAACUCAGGUCCAAUUCCACACCUCCGUUGGAAUGUUGAUCAACUCUGCCGUCAAGAACCCAUCUUGCACCGAGACAAUCAUCAUCGAUCGAGAGACCCGAGACUCAAACCUCAAAGCCGAGCUUGGAGGCGUGCGCUAUGCCUCAGAGGAAGCACAGAAGGCCGGAAUGAACUUCUCCAAGUGGUCUCUGGAUUUCAAGGCGAGCUAUUCAGCCACAAUAUCGCCGAGCUUUUCCCUAUGA